AUGACGGGAACAACAAGCAUUGCCCCUCGUCGCUGUGACCUUUGCAUCCCACAGCCGAUUGGAAGGAGUGAAGGUGUGUCAAGGGGUCUUCCACCCCGGUGUAGAACGGUAUACGUAAAGGCUGUAUGUCUCUAUCCUGCCGUGAGCGCUUUAUGCGUUCGGUGA